AUGAAACAGCUCGUGCCGUCCGCCGCCUUCGCCGGUCUGCUGGCCGUCCAAACCCUGCUCGUGCUCGGCGUCCUGGACUUGAACGGGUCCGAGGUCCGGGCCCAGGAGAGCCCGUUCGAGUUGCCCGUCCAGCUCAUCGGUUUCCCCGUCAUCAUCGUCGCCGUCAAGAUGUCCAAUUUCGUCAAGAAACUCGCGUACGCCCUGAGCCCGAGCACCUACAGGAGAAAGGCCAAGAGGGACUUGCAAUCUGCGACGUCCGCAGCCGGGACCUUGUCGUCCUUGGACGUGCUCAAGGCCCAGGAGAUGAUACUGAAGGAAAUGGGUCCUGAUGCUUGCGUCUACGAGAAGGUGUGCUCUGCGUACGCCGAGGCUGCCGCUCUCGCCAAAAAGGAUCGCCGCAGCGGUAAGGCCAAGGUGGACCGGAUGGACUGGGAAAAGAUCAUCAGCGGAUACAUGGAAACCGGACAGGCCAAAAAGAAGUAUUACAUGCUGAGCGUAUUCCUGGGAGACGUGCUGGGUUCGCCCGAGUUCUGUUCGAGGAUCGUAAGGAAAAUCAAACGGUGUGACGUCAAACACAUAUACCACUGA